AUGUGGUUUAACCCUUUCAUUGUCAUCCUUUCCAUGGCUCUAUGGUGUAUACCCGCUUCUGGAUCAGCAAUACCAGUUCCAGUCCCAGUCCCAAUGCCAGUACCGGCUCCAGCUUCAAGAGGUACCAGUACUCUGAAGCAAGCUACGAGGGAUCAGAUAAUCGCAAGGAAUAAACGACCAUAUAAACGAGCCGCACCGUCACCUACACCCGCUCCUUCAACUGUUACCUCAGACGACCUGGAUUACGGUUUAUACUUCUCUGGCUCAGGUGUGAUCGAGACAGAUAGUAAUCCUGGUAACAAUGUCGCUGGUAAACCACCCGUUACGAUAAAUAUACCCGGUACAACAUCUCAGAACACUGCUAUUCAGAGAUGUGCAGAUCAAACUUUCUCUCUUUCAGGUGUAUACUAUCAAUUCCAAAUCUACUUCGAUCAACCUACCGCAGGGAAUGGGGAUGGCACGUGGAUCUGUACUUCUUAUUAUAAUGGGAAUUCAAAUCCGACAUAUUUCAAUGUUCAGAGAGCCACUGCGUCACCUAUAUUUGGAUACACAAGGAGUAAUUAG